GAUGUAAUAUGGCGUCGAAUAUGUCAAAUGCAGAUGCGUAGAGUCGUACUAAACCGGCCCUGAUCCUUGCACAAGACGUUUCUGUGCAUUGCAAUUUGCUCAUUUUCGAUAGCAUUAAUGGUGAUGCAUGCAAGGAAACAACCAAGAGUUCAUGAUGGGUACGCUGAAAGAAAAGACGCCCAUCUGCAUCAGAGCAUGCAGCACCAGCCAAAAGGGUAUAGUGGAAUAUUUGGAGAUGGGUCCCCAGCAGAACGAAGCCAUGGUCCCCACAGUGACAGCCCUGGUAGCCGCCAGAGUCCCAGAUAUUACAACAAGCCUCCUUAUCUUGAAAGACCUAAAGAGAAGCGAGGAUCACUCAGUCUGGCAGAGACGAAAGUCAAUCAGUACUUGGCAACAGGCAGUAUUGGACAAAAUGCACCUGAUGCCCAUGCAAGCAGAGAUCACAGAGAUAGAGAAAAACAACAUCGCCAGGAGGGGAACAAUGACAACAGUCACCACAGCCACGAGAAAGGAUCAAAGAAAGACCACAAAGAUGGGAAAGAGAGAGACCAUAGAGCAGAGGUGCAGAAAUCAGCUGUACGGGUGUGUGGAGACUGGUCUGAACACAUCAGCAGCUCAGGCAAACGUUACUAUUAUAACUGCAAGACUGAAGUAUCGCAGUGGGAAAAGCCCAAAGAAUGGCAUGAUGGAGGCAAGACACCUGACAAAUCCAAAGAUGGGCGUGGACCAAGACCAGUCCCAUCAUCUACUCAUCCAAGAACAGGUGGAGAAGAGCGACCAAGACAUUCCAACUCGGGUGAGAGACAUGAUGGACGUUGUCGACCCUGUCACACUGAGUCUGCUGGGGCAGAAAAGCAUCCUCAAAAACUGUCAGAACGACCAAAAUCUCAGUCCUUGGAUGCUGGCAGUUCUUCCACAGUCCACGUUAGUACACCUGGAUCAAACUCUGUUCGUAGUAGUGCCAUACAGCGGAGUAACUCUACAACAGACACUGCCCAUGCGCACAAUCAUACAGGACAUUCAAGCCACAUUGGAUCAACUAGCCAUCCAGAACUCAAACGGAACAAUGUGUAUGGUUAUGGAUCAGUCACAAGUGACCAAGCCAAAAAACGAAACAGACAUGAAAGUGAAAGCAGUCGGUCAUUAGCAGGUCAUUUAUCUCAUCGCACUGAAGAAGGUCAUCCAGAUGACAUGGAAAUCUCACCAGGUAGUACACCCACAAGCUCCCGCCUCUCCUCUUGUGCAGGAACUCCUCAAGCUGCUGCUAUUGCCACUUUAAGUGGUGCCACCACUACUAGUGGCAACUCCUAUCCUCACACUUCUCCAUCAUCAGCAAUCCAUACAGUUCAGAACUUGCCUACCACAGGAGCCUCGGUUAUAUCCAACAUCAGUAAUACACAACAUACCUCUGAUUUGGAUCUCAAUCGCAGAGCAAUUCAGACCCUACAAGAACUCCAAAAGGCACUCACCUUGCACAUCAAAGCACAGCAGAGCAGGGAUAGUAACUGUGUGGAAAGAAGAGCUCAUCAUGAAAGUAAUGCACAGUCAUCUGCAACAAGUUCUGGCACAACAUCGGCUCAGUUGCAGUCCCAGCUUACUCACCUUCAGCACAACCUCACCUCACAGCUGCAGCAACAACAGCAUCAACAUUUGCAGCACCAUGGGCCUCCCCAACAGCAAACACCCCCUCAUCAUUCUUCGCACACAGCUGUGGCUGCAUUAUCUCACUUGCCAGAUGUUGGAUUGGGACAUGAAAGGGAAAGAGAUGGCAAUGAGAGUCCAUUGUCCGACAUGAGCCCAAGAUCAUCAUGCCGCAGUCCAACACCAAGCACAGGGAGCUCACAAAGUGCACCAACUCUUGGUACAAGUGCUUUGUCAGCUGCAGCUCUGAAAUCACAGCAGUCAGUCAAUCUCACACCUUCCCUUAGUAACUACUAUAAUGAGAAGCUUAUUGGACAUGUGCUGGGCUGGCAGGCAGAUCAGCUUGAGAGACAGGCUGAACGUCUUCGACAAGAGGCAUUGGCAUUAGGCAGUCUGCAUUGUAGCCGUGUGUCUGUGGAGUUGAAACGAGCUCGAUCCCUUGUGCGCAUUGCAGAGAUACAGUCAACUAUAUACGAACAAAGAAUCAUGGUGUUGCAACAACAAAGAGCUGAAAUUGAAAAUCUAAAACCACAUACUUCGUUACUGCCAUCCUGACAGCUGUGACUUCACUGCAGUGAUGGAUGUCAAAUGUUCCCCAGACAUACUUCACACAGGCUGCCUGAAUCUUCCAUGGUGAUGAGCUGCCCAGAAUGCCUUUGUUAGUCAGCAGCCAGGGUAUUGACCAAAGCACUGCAUGACUUCAUCUGGGAGAGCCACAGGAACAACGGGACCGGACCAGCAAUCAGUGCCCGACCAAAGCCCAAACAAGUGCUUAUGCUAGUGUGUUGGGCAUCAUGCACUUAACUCGUGCUAGAUGUCAGCAGUCCUUAAACCCUGUUUAGACAGGUGCACACCAAGGGAGGAGACGUCUGGAGGACUGUGUGACCUGCUCAGCAUACAAGUCUGGAUAAAUCACUUUCUGUUUUCAGCUGCCAAAAAAAAACCUCCCAAAAAGUUUGUCAGCUGUGGUGGUUUUUUCUUGAAUGUUGAAGCCUUGUCACAUGCAAGCUGUGGCCCUGGGCAGAUAUGUAUUUGUGGUAGUUGGUUUUCCAGUCGAUGGUUCCACUCCACAAAUGUCUAUCCGUUCCAUAUCAUUCACUCCUUUCUUACCAUAAUAAAAUAGAUUUCCACCUAUUUCACUGACACUAUUUCAGUCUUUCUGAACAGUACAACCUUUUAUUGUAUGUCGACUGUUUUAACUGCCAUCAUGAUUGUACAUCGAUUGAAUUUUUAUUUAUCCAUUUUACUGCCAGACACCCUUCAAGUGAUUGUGGUAUAGCAUACUUGUGCAAAAAAAAAAAAAGAAAUAAUCCUAUUUUUAAUAAUAUGAACAAGUUUGAUGAUUUAUCCAGUAUUCAGCUUGUGUUGCUCCUUAUUCACAUUAUUGAGAAAAAUAUGUUAAGAGUAUAAUUCCUCCUAAACCCUUAUUGUGCAGAAGUUGCGGGAUUUAGGAGUAUUUCACAGAAUCUUGGAUGGAGAUGUAAACAGUGGAAAAUAAUCUCUGGGUACAUAAAAAAAGACACACACUUCUUGUGGCAUAUGUCUAACUGAGGAGGAACUUGGUGACAUUUUGGCCCCUACGUGUCACCACCACCACAAGAUGCUUAUAGUGGCUUACUAGAGUAUGCUGGUGUCAUGGCAGUGCUGCACUCCUGUGAAGUUAAUGUUGUCUGAUGAGCACAGUUUCUCAUAAAGCGGAAACACACCCACGUUGCUGUAUAGAGGAAUUGGUCAUUAUGAUGGUAUCACCAUGUGCUGUGUCAGAGCCAUAUUCUGGUUUUUCCUGAUUCUCUAAAUUUAUCUUUUUUGAAAUGGAAACGUGAAUGCCAUCCGCCACACAAGAUUUUGCAAAAUAAUAGAUCACAUUGAAGAAGGCAAAAUUAUAUAAUAUGCUAUGUAUUAAGUUGUUGAGGCAGUUGGGACUCUUGUGGCUUUAAGUUUGCAUUAACUGUGCUUGUAAUGGAGACCACAAUUAUUUUACAUUUCAGUAAUGUUGGCCAGAUCUGAUCUUCACAGUUGAUGCCAUUCCUUCAUACUGUGUGCAUGAUUAGCAAAACAUAUUAGGUAUCUCUGUAGAACCGUGAACAGUCACUGGCUGGGAGACAUGUUGAUGGUGGCAUUGUAAGGUUUGAGAGAGUGUCAGGUGACUAGUAAACAAGCUUGCUUCAUUUUCUCUCCAAAGGAGAGGAGGGUCAGUGAGGAUGGGCACAAAUUUCAAACAGGCAAAGAGCCUGCUACCUCCAGUGGAUUAUACACAAUGUUUGUCAGGUCUUGGGGCUGUAGCAUGGCCUCAGUUGAGCUUUUUUUCCUAUUUAAGUGUUGGAGAGCCUGUUUUCAUGAAUGGAAUGCAGCAGAUAAACGGUGCAUUUUGCAUAAACUUUGAGGAAAUUGUACAGGCUUUUUUGUUUUUUUUUAAAUAUAUGUAUACACAAGCCCUUUGCAAAACCAGGGCUUUGGUGUUUGCAUGUGUGAUGUCAACAUUUGCCCCUAGCUGUCUUUGUAGAUUCUGUAUAGUUAAGAUGGUUAACAGUACAUUCUUUGGAUUUUGUCACUGUUAUACUUCAGUACCUUUGUUUUCACAUUGAUAUGGCAUAAUUAGAUCUUUUAUGUGGCAGAAGCAGACUCAGUUGAAUAUUGUUUUCUCAUUCAAGAUUGGAGCUUUCACUCCCUCUCAAGGCAGUCUGGUGGCACAAUAAUUAGUGCCUGUCACCAGUACAGAAAAGGUUGGCUGUCCUGGGUUCAGCUGUCAUCAUGGGCUUGCUGUUUGUGUGUGGCAUCUGUUUACAGGGCUGGUUGCCUUGCCGUGAUACAGCCUUAGUUGUUGGCUCAUCAUAAAAUACCAAUGCCUCCCCUCCCUCAGUUUUAUCCUAUACCUUUGAACUAUGUCAGAAAAAUGUGGGAUUGAAUUAUAUUUGGAAGGGGAAAAGUAGACUUCCUUCUGGAAGUUGGGAUCUACCAUGGAGUUUAUGUGCACACCCCAAUUUCUGUUCUCUUGGCUAAUAGUUUUAUAGCGGACUUGCCAGAUGCUGAACAUUUCCAUUGUUCCUUUGCAGCUGACAUUUCAGGCUUUAUUAAAACACGGCAAGGUACUCCAGACCAAGUUCAUAUUGCUGUCUUUUUUGUUAAAUUUUUCUUAGUUCAGUCAUCUCAUUUCGAAGUUGAAUAUUUCUGUCUUAUGUAGUAAACAAAGCUAACUUUGCAUCAGUGUAUGCCAAAGAUCAGAUGUUAAUGUUCACGAAUUAGAUAUAGAUUUAUGUAACUACUGUUUCUGCUCUUAUGUGCUUGAGAUAAGUGAUGUGUCAUGGUUUUUAAACCUUGUGCACUAUAUCAGAGUUAGCCAUCUGACAGAUAAAGAACAGCUUUUGUCCAUCCUUUAAUAAGAACCCAUCCUGCAAUAAGAAAAUUGACAGAUAAUGAAUGGUGGUAGUCCACUUUUUGUCAGACUUGGAUCUGUGGUGAUACAGAACAAGAGUUUCAGUGGGUUCCAUUAAAAAGAAAAAAAUCUCUCCUCUAGAGAGUUAUUUGUGAAAAGAAACAGUAAUGAAGUACAAUGUAAAUGAUACUUAUAGAUCCAAGAAGGAAUACUUGUGAGGGUAAUUCAAUAUUGUUCUCUUACAAUGGCUUGUUGUAGGUGUUUGUUGUCCAGCUGGUUUCAUUACAUAUGUUAAUUUCUUUUAUUUUCUAGUUUCCUUUAAAGCAGGAAUAAAUUUCUUGGAGUUCAAAUAUUUCUUAUGUAUGAGGAGUGGGUAGCUGAAACUUGUGUAACAUUUUAUAGUUGCUUUUACCUUGCUACUCUUUUAAUCUUCUAAAACCCCAAAAAUGUUUUUGUUUCUUUUACUUUUGGGAGUGGGGGGUGGUGUAGAUUCAAGUUUGACUUCACUUUAGCUAUGGAUGUCAGAUGUCAUAGCUCCUCCGGGUCUCUUCCAAAUGUUAUUUUGAAAUAACAGGGUCAUGCUACAGUCCUAUUUGUAUUAGAGAUGUUAAAGUAAAUUUUGGGAAUGGUUUUAAUGUCUCUAGAUAGUCUGUGCAGCGUAAAGGGCUUAUUUCCUAUAAUCGUAAAGUGUAUGUGCCUGUGAGCCCAGUCUGCAGGUUGGUGUUGGGCAAUUAAUUUUCCCAAGGGGCCACAUGAGAAAUUGGGAUGGUUUUAGAGGGCCGGACUAAUAUAGUUAACUCAGUUUUACCCAAUACUGUAUAUAUAGUAUAUAUACUGGCGGGCGGGAUAGCGGGCGGGCCGGUCAGAGACAGGAGGCAGGCCGGCCUUUGCCCAGGUCUGCCUUAGAGGGUUGUGGAAGGUAAGGCAGCGAAGACGAGAUGGGCACCACUCUAAAAGUGAAGUCUCUAACAUCCCCCCUCCCCCAUCAAUUUUUUCUUUUAACUGCUACACUUGGGUUAUUUUAGUCAAGACUUCAGGGAUUCUUUAGCUAUUGCAGGGACAUUCACUUGGAGGAACAGAGCUGUGUAUGUGUAGGAUCUAACAGAAUAGCAUUUUUUUCUCUCUCUUCUCUCCCCUCUUUUUACCCCCCUCCCUUUCUAUAACAUAUUUUUUGCUAUAAAAAUGUGGCAGUCAUGUACCACCAUUCUUGUGCCUGCCACAGAAUGUAAAACUAUUUUUUACUUUAUCACAUACUUUUGGAAAUUACAGUACUUCAAGUAGUCAUUGCAGUCGUUGGGGCUAGUACAAGGAAAGCAUGUCAAUCUGCAUAGUUGAAAGCUUCAACUGAUCUACAGAACAGUGUAACCUCAAGGUGCAUCAGAAACGGGGUAGUUGCAAACUUUAUUCACUUUGCAUUUCUACUUAGGGAAGAAAAAAAAAUCCCUUAGGUGAGCUACGUCGGAAAACACUUUCCACUUAUUUAUGUUGCAUUGAUUUGGGAAAGAAAUGCAUUAGUGAUAGACUAGCAUUACUGAAGAAAUUACCUUUUCAUAACGACCUUUUCAUGAAGAUUCCCAGAAGUUUAGAUAAUCCCCAGUGUCAAGUGUAUGUGGGUGGGGGAAUUCCCAUUAAAUUGACUCUACAAUUUUAACGUUUCUUUCAAGCAUGUUCUUCCUGGAAUGACUGCUUUUCAUCCCUGGCCUCACCUCUGAGAAGCAAGCCUCUAACAGCAGUGUAGGGGCAGUGUUGGAAUUUGUGUGCAUCUGGUAAUCACUGCUGUAUGAAGGUCUUGGCCACUUGUUUGCUGGUCUGCUUGAGAUGUAUGUAAACUAUAGGAACUUGUUCUGUUGUUUGGGGGAAGCCCUUUUUUGGCUUAAGGCUCCAUGUACAUGUUAGCUAUGAAUUAAAGACUGUUUUCAGGUGUAA